CAAGACCCACAGCUGUGAUGCCGAUUAUCUAGAGGUUAGACCGGUGACAUAUGUCAUUGAUUUUGUAAGACUCAUACCAACUUAUUUUCUACGAACGAACCAAUAUGGAUAUACAGCACCUCUGGGCCCACCAAGUUAAGGUGUUUAGUGGACGUGGUGGACAUAAUGGAAAGAAUGUCCGUAAACUUCACACGAUCGUGCUACAAUCGCGGCCACAAGAUAUCUAGGUUAUUGCAAGGAAUAUUUGAUCCGCGCCGAAAAAAGCACAUGGAUGUGAAAACUUCAGGUCCUCUAUUCAACUUUCAAGAGGAUCUCCUCUUUAUGAGCGAUGACUACAGCUGUGCAGUGGUUAUGACAACGAGGAAUGUUUGUGGUAGAGUUCUCAGGUACGACCUGAGAAUUAGGAAUGCCUCCAUCACAAAGCCCCCUCAGAAGAAUUGUCUGAAAUGGUUCCACAAGUACGAAAAGCAUGGAAUUGUUCUCUACGACCCAAGCUGCCAGAAUAUACUUGCGCAACGGGGAGAAUCACAGCCGUUUGAGCAGGAAAAAGAACGUUGCAAGGGUGGAGCUCACUGACUCUCUCAUGUCAAGGGUGGAGCUCAUGACUCUCUCUCAAACUACUCACAUAUAAAACUGUACGAAAAUUAAAAACUGCAGGUGAAUUUCGAGAACUUGAAAGGACGUGUAUAUAUAUAUGCUUUGAGAGGCAAUAUAUCUAAGUAUUUGUAUACGCGAUGGCAAAGAUCUGUUUUUGUAAUAAAGGGCCUCGCUCUCUCUCUCUUCUACACGAAGCAACACAAGUUCAUUGUCGGAAUGUUUGGCCCCUGAGUUAGUGAACUGUAAAAUUGUAUUCC